AUGGGCAAUUAAAAUAUUACUGAGGAGAGGGACUUUCCAGAAUCAUCAAGUACUUAGAAUUUCAUAACAAGUUCUAUCUGUGCAUAACUUUGAAUUUAUUGAGGUUCUGUGGUAAGGAAGAUAUGGGAAAAUAUGGAAAGUGAGGAGUAGAAAAAGCCAAAGGCUAUUUGCCCUAAAAGUGAUGUCAAAAGCAAAGUAAUGAAUUGAAAUUAUAAAUUAAGGAUUAUCUCGAAUAAGAAUGUCAAUUCAGUUUUGAACGAGAAAAUUUUAUUUUGUUUACUAAAACAUCCCUUUAUAAUCAAAAUGGAAGCUGCAUUUUAAGACAGAGAAAACUUAUAUCUGGUUAUGGAUUUAUUAAGUGGAGGAGAUCUCCGUUUUCAUUUGGAAAAGAACAAAAAGUUCUCGGAAACAGAAACAAGUAUUUACUGCCAUUUAGUACUUAGAGUUCUUUAGUGCUUGUAUUAUAAGUGCACUAGAAUAUUUACAUUAUUAAGCCGUUCUCUAUAGAGAUUUGAAACCUGAGAACUUGAUGUUCGAUUCUUAAGGCUACCUCAUAUUGAUAGGUUUCGGAAUAUCAACCAUCUGGAAUCCUAAUAAUUCAUCUGAUACAAGUGGAACUCCUUGCUACAUGGCACCUGAAGUACUUUUUAGACAGAAUCACUGCAUUCCCGUUGAUUAUUUCGCAUUAGGUGUCUUACUUUAUGAGUGUAUGUUUGGAAGAAGACCGUAUUUUGGUAGCUCGAGAUGGGAAAUAAGAGACCAUGUAGUAGCAAAAUAAGUGUAAAUUAAAAGAUCUGAGAUCCCUGCUUCAUGGUCUUUAGAAGCUGCAGAUUUCAUCAAUCAAGUAGCAAUAGUUAAUUUCAAUUUAUAAGUUGAUCCAACGAAACCCGGCUGAAAGAUUGGGAUCAUAUGAUCUAGAGGCUAUAAAAAAUCAUCCAUGGUUUAGAGGAUUUGAGUGGAAUAAAUUACUCAAAAAGGAAUUAAAAUCACCUUACAUUCCUCUUAGUUCAAGUAAUCGAAGAGCAGUUUGUAAUCAGGAUACAGACUAGGAUAUAAACGAAAGUAAUAUGAUGCUAAGAAGAAACUCUAUCUAAGGUAUGCAUUUGUUAGUAAUAAUCAUUCUUAGCUCAAUUUAAAAGAUAUUUUUAUGAUCCCAAAUGGGCUAUCUGA